AUGGGUGAUCCGUGGGACUGCCUGUACGAAGGCAUGCUUCCCUUCCACGAGCACUUUCGCCACAGCAUCUCGCAGAUCUCUGCGCUGCUUACCGUUGUGUCCCCGCAGAGCGCGUCGAAGUCCAAGCCGACGGCGCUGAACAAUCUGCUCUACCUCACCGCCUCGCUGUGUCGCUCGCUCGAAACGCACCACACCAUCGAGGAACGCUUCAUCUUCCCCACGCUCGCCAAGAAGCUGCCGCAGUUCGGCAAGUCGAGCCAGCAUAUCAAGGAGCACGACCAGAUGCAUUCCGCACUCCACAACCUCGAAAGCUACGUCGGCCAAGUCGCAACCAACCUCCGACAGGCAAAGGCCAAAGAGGGGUUGGAAGAGGUGUAUGACCAUGCGAAGAUGGAGGCGUUGGUGGGGAAGCUCAAGGAUACUCUGUUGCCACAUCUGGCUGCAGAGGAAGCGAGUCUUAGGGCUCCAGUAGUCAAAGAGGCGGGAUUCGAGCUGGGUGAGAUUCGAUACCUCAUCCGAUAA